AUGAGCGACGACGAGUUCGACGAUGACAUUGCCGACGAAGACUUUAUCGAUGCCUUUGAACAGGUCGCAUCGUCAGGGACGCGAAAGGGCGCCUUGAAGGAGUCGACUUCACGCCCCAAUAUUGGCCAGACAGUGACGGCUCAACAGCCGAAAGACUUUGCUGCAGCCUUGGAACUCCAAGACCUGCCAUCUGAUGCCUUUUCAUCGCCAGAGCCCCCCCAGCGCCGCCGGGUCAGUCCUCCUGCGCGCCAGAGACAAGCGCCGCCGGGCCAAGCCCCGCGUACUGGACUCGCGCGCAGCAACUCAUCAACGUUUCGGCAAACAACGCUGUGGGGGACCGAUGCCUUCGAGAGACCGACGCAGCCAUCUCAGCCGCAGAGCGCCAGGGUGUAUAGAGUCGACCUGCCUCGCGAGGAGCCCAGCCAUCAUGCGCUAGACCUCGAAGCAAUGAAGACGUGGGUCUAUCCGACCAACCUCGGCGCCAUCCGCGACUACCAGUACAGCAUUGUCAAGAACUCCCUCUUCAACAACACCCUCGUAGCCUUGCCGACUGGCCUCGGCAAGACCUUCAUCGCCGCCACUGUCAUGCUGAAUUUUUACCGCUGGACUCGAUCCGCAAAAAUCGUCUUUGUGGCCCCGACGAAGCCGCUGGUGGCGCAGCAAGUCGACGCCUGCUACAAUAUCGCCGGCAUCCCCCGGUCCGAGACGACGCUGCUCACCGGAGAUAUUGCCCCGGCUCUGCGCGUCGACGAGUGGGGGGCGAGGAGGGUCUUCUUCAUGACCCCUCAGACUCUACUCAACGACCUGUCACAUGGCUAUGCGGAUCCGAAAAGCAUCGGGCUUCUCGUCAUCGACGAGGCGCACAGAGCCGUGGGCGAGUACGCGUACGCCAAGGUCACCAAGCUUAUCCGGCGCUUUUCCAAGAGCUUCCGGGUCCUAGCUCUGACGGCGACGCCGGGCUCCAAGGUCGAGACGGUGCAAGAAGUCAUUGACAACCUCGGCAUUUCCCAUUGCGAGAUCCGGACAGAAGAAUCCAUCGAUAUCAGGCAGUAUGUCCAUCAGCGAAACAUUGACCCCAUGAUAUUGGACCCCUCGGACGAGAUGAACCUGGUCAGCGAGCUCUUCACGGAGGCGCUCAAGCCACUCGUGGACAAGCUUAGCUCCCAGAACAUCUACUACGGACGCAACCCGAUGGCACUCACUGCUUACGGGCUGAUGCAAGCACAGAAGGAAUGGUUUGCAUCGCGCGGGCAGCACGCCAAUCAAGGCAUUCAAUUCAUGAUGAGGGCCAUCUUCAGCGUGCUCACAGGCCUUGCCCAUUCCAUCAAGCUGCUCAACUUUCACGGCAUCAAGCCCUUUUACGACAACCUCGUCGAUUUUCGCAGCGAGCAGGAGGACAAGGGAGAAAAGGGGUCAAAGUACAAGCGCCAGCUCAUCGAACAUCCAAGCUUUCGGGACAUGAUGGACAAGAUCGCCAUGUGGCUCAGGACGGACGGCUUCGUCGGCCACCCGAAGCUCACCGCGCUCGCGGACUGCGUGCUUAAUCAUUUCAUGGACAAGGGCGAGGCGUCCGGUACCCGCGUCAUCGUCUUCAGCGAGUAUCGAGACUCGGCAGAGGACAUUGUUCGCAUGUUCAACAAACAUCGGCCGCUGAUCAAGGCUAGUGUCUUUGUCGGCCAGGCAGAUGGGAAGCGCGGGGAGGGCAUGAAGCAGGCUCAGCAGAUUGCCACCAUUGACAGGUUCAAGCGAGGAGAGUUCAAUGUGCUCGUCGCGACGUCCAUCGGCGAGGAAGGCCUGGACAUUGGGCAGGUCGAUCUCAUUGUCUGCUACGACGCGUCUGCGUCCCCGAUCCGCAUGCUGCAGAGGAUGGGGCGUACAGGCCGCAAGCGUGCCGGAAAUAUUAUCCUGCUGCUGAUGCGUGGGAAAGAGGAGGACCAAUUCGCCAAGUCCAAGGACAACUACGAGAAGAUGCAGCAGCUCAUAUGCGAGGGUAGCCGGUUCUCGUUUCGGGGAGACCUCUCCACGCGAAUAGUCCCCCGUGAGAUCCGGCCCGAGGUCGACAAGCGGCACGUCGACAUACCGGUCGAGAACACGCAAGACCAGUCUUUACCGGAACCAAAGAAACGUCGCGCUCCUCCGGGUAAGAAGAAGCCGCCGAAGAAGUUUCACAUGCCCGAUGGCGUGGAAACCGGAUUCCAGACGCUAUCGCACUUUAUGAAUGGGGGCGGAAAUAAGGCACGCGCGAAGCCGCAACGUAACAGGGAGCUUGACGACGUGGUGGAGAUACCAGACCUCAAGAGCGUUGUGCUGUCGGAACAAGGCAUCCGCGAACUGGACCGAGAGUACCGCGACUUGCCCUUUAACCAUAGCAUGGUUGAAGAGGCAGAUAUGCCCAGCAUGACAGCUCACCCCGAAUUACAGAGGCGACUCCAGCCCGUCUAUCGCGUCAAGCACGGGAUCCACACCAAGCGAUGCGUCAAGGUCCUGGCGAGGAUGGGCUUGAAGCCAGAGAGCCUCGUGCGUCCUUGUCGAGAAGUCGAUACAAGCGACUAUCUUGAGAUACCUGUGAGGGCGUUUGUGAAUUCGGAUGGGGAAGAGGAAACCGAGGACCAUCGCGAGGGGACAGCCUCGCCAGAGAAGGAGACAGGCCACGCCACCGCCGCGAAAUUGCCAAAGCAGAAACGAAAAAGAACCACCAGCACCACAAAGCUUGCCGCCUGCGAAGCAGAAGACGAGGAACCGACCUUGCUCGCGGGUGAAGACCUUGACGAAGAGGAGGACGAGCCAGGACUCCCAAAGAGAAAGCGGGGACGGCCGAAGAAGGCGGGAAAGGUCGCGGGCAGGACGAGGAGGGGCGGCAUCAACAGCGACGAAGUGGGAGACGACUGCGAGCGAGACAGCGACGUCAUGGACACUGACGGCUCCGACGACGGGGCCGACCUGCUCGACUUUGUCGUCGCGGACAAUCAGGCCACCUCGAGCAUGAUGGAUUCGCAGGCCACCUCGCCCACGUCACCAAUCUCGCAAGAUACCCCACGGAAUAGGCCGCAGAAGCCGUUUUACGUCCCCUCUCACUUCCCCGGAACGCAAGAGAGCGAAGGCAUCCCUGAUGUGACGACACUGGUCGGGGCCAAGCGCAAAGAGUCGCCAUUGGACUCGGACGACGAGUCGGGGGACCUUGCCGCGAGGAGACCAGCUCGUGGGAGACGUCGACUAGUGGAUAGCGACAGCGACGAAUGA